CAAGCUUUGCCCAUUGCUCUUCAGUCUCCACCUGCACCUUACUGCAAGGCAAAGCCAAGAAACCAAGAACACGCCAUGGCGCCAGCGACGGCCAAGCUUCUCUCCCUCGCCUUCCUCCUCCUCGCGGCGGCCUCGUCGACACCGGCGGUGGCCACCACGCUGACGCUCCACAACCUCUGCCCGUACCCAGUGUGGCCGCUGGUAACCCCGAACACCGGCUUCCCUUCCAUCUCCGACAACACGGGCCGCCUGGACGGCGGCGGGCGCGGCCUCGUCUCCUUCCACUUCCCGCCAAGCUUCUGGGCGGGCCGCGUGGUGGCGCGCACGGGCUGCGGCGGCAGCGCGUGCGAGACUGGCGGCUCGCCGCCGGCGACGGUGGUGCAGCUGACGGUGCACGCGGAGGGCCAGGACCUGGCGGCGUACAGCGUAAGCCUGGUGGACGGGUUCAACGUCGCCGCCGUGGUGAGCCCGCAGGCGGUGGGCAGCGGGCAGUGCCCCGCCCUCGGGUGCGCGGCGGACCUGAACGCCGGGUGCCCCCGCGCGCAGCGCGUGGUCGGGGCCCGCGGCGAGGUGGUGGCGUGCCGGGGCCCCGCGGGGUACUUCAAGGAGCGGUGCCCGCUGACGCGCACCACGCCCGCCGACGUGGAGCCCGUGCAGCAGCGGUGCUUCGGCCCCGGCGAGCUCAAGGUCGUCUUCUGCCAGCCCGCCAUGGUGAACGCCGCCGCAGCCGUCGCCGGCGACGGCGAGGCCACGGGGUACAUCCGCACCGUCGUCGCCGACAACUAGAGCCUAGCUACUGCGUCUGGGCAGCCAGCCAGCCGCCGUUGGCCGGAGGAGGUGGCCGCCGAUGAUUAGUGCGCAAUGAUGGUAGGUUAAGGAGGUAAUGAAGCGUGUUUUAGUGUCGUGAGACCGUGUCAGUGUUGGUGUGUGGUAGUGAGUAAGGUGACCACCGUUCCGUUGGCUUGGUUGCCGAGUAUGUCCGGCCGGCCGUGCCGAGUGAAUAAAUGCGUUGAGCACACGCAUGCAUCAUGUAUAUAUGUUCUUGAGUUUGUGACAAGUGCCAUGAUGUCUCA